AUGGCCGACAAAGUCACGCCUCGCAGGGGCGGCGAUCCCGGCGAGCCUACGAAUGCGGCGGAUAAACGGCAGCAGAGCGAGAAAGACGCAAAGGCUUGGAAAAGCCACAUACACAAGCGGAUCGUCGAAGCUGUGGAGGACAUCGGUUCCUUUCUGACGGAAUUUGUUCACUCUGAAAAGCCCGUCCCCGCUUGUCCAGACGUUACGUUCAGCGCGAAGGUGCCUACUGGGAAAGGAAAGGAACACCGCAUGUACGGGCCUCUGGUAAAAGGCCUGACCAGCCUAGUGCGCCAGUUCGAAAAGAAGAAACGACCGGAGUUCGUGAACCAUGCACACAAUGUCAUGCGAUUCCCAUUUGCUCUCGGCGACGACGACCAGCAUGUCACAAAACCGGACGUCGUAGCGACCAUCCCCGAACUCCCGUAUAUCCCCCUCUUGAUCGCUGGCGAAAUGUCGCCGUGGUUUUCGAGGCCAAACCAUGCGCACGAGGAGACGCUCGUCCAGCUGGCCAAGAGUGCGCGCAACAUCAUGCUUGCGCAGGGCCGAUUGUUCGCCUUCGUCAUCGGGAUCUACGGACACAAGGCACGCAUCUUCCGUUUUGAUCGAGCAGGGGCCGUAUGUUCUCCGCCAUUCGAUUAUAUGAAGGAGCCCCAAAUUCUGCACGCGUUUUUCUACCGCUUUCUCAACCCGAAGCAGGAGGGUUGCGUGGUUGUUGGCGACGAUCCGACCUCUAGUUUGGGCACUCAUGAGGAUCGCGCACGAGUGCAGGAUUUGACGCAGAAGUACGAUCCUUCGUACACGUACACGGCGGAGAAUAGGAAGGCCGUCCGUCGAUUCAUAGUGACUAAUGGCAAAGAGAAGACGACGUAUCUGGCGUACAAGCUGAUAUUCGUUAACCCACGACUCUUCUCGCGCGCGACGACGAUCUGGGAGGCCUUUGAACUUGACGAACAGGGCGAAGGGACGGGCAAACGUGUCGUUAUCAAGGAGGCCUGGCGACAAUUCGUGCGGGCAUCGGAGAUCGGCUUCUAUCGCUUAUUUCAGGAGGCAGCAGACGAGGCAGAGGAGAGUACAGCAUUGUCUUUCGCCAACAUCGCCGAGUUCGAAUAUGGCGAUGAUCUGGGCUUGCGAGAGGCAAGGAAGCUGGCCGGCGAGGACAAGGACACUGUGGCACCGUCUACCGCAGAUGAAUGUUUCGAAGAUUUUCCUGAACUGGAUGUGCCUUACUGGCACGUCGUGGGACAUAGGACCGUAACCGCCCGCUGCCGAGACGGGGACAUCGAGUACAACGAGCGCAGUCAAACGCGGUUGGUUUCGAAGACGAUCGGAGUGCCGAUCACUGACUUUGAGUCAACGUACGAGUUGGCUACGGCUCUCCGGGACGCCAUAGAGGGGCAUCGACAAGCCUAUGUGGCUGGAGUCGUCCACAGAGACAUCAGUAAUGGCAACGUCAUGAUUGCCCGCAGACCGGAUGGUUCAAUCAUAGGCUUCAUUCAUGACUUCGAUUACGCAUUCAGCUGGAAACGAUUCCUGCGGGGCUCAGGGAGGCCCGUCAACAUGAAGCAGUGGGACAAAUACGUUCGAGAUGAGUACAAGGACGUCAUGCAGACCAUGUUACAGCGAAUGGUAGCCAAGAUGCGCGGCAACUCCACCGGCGAACCUGCGCCGAACCCUAAAGACCCAAAGAACGACCACAAGCAGCGAACGGGUACACUACACUUCAUGGCGAUCGAAGUUCUCAACGAGCACGCAGACAUUCCACACGAAGCUCAGUAUGACCUCGAGUCCUUCUACUGGUUGCUGGUGUGGAUCGUCCUGCGGCACACUGCCUAUCUGCAUCUUGAUGGCGAGCAGGCCUGGCACCGUCUAUUCGACGCAAGGUUGCACGAAAGCAUAGCUCUUAAAGAGUCAUGGCUGAGGAAAGAACCGUCAGUGAUGGUCGAAUCCAACGAAGCGUUGACAGGCCUCCUGGAGGACUUCAGGAAGCUCUGUAAGAGAAACCACGAAGACCCUGACGCUCGUAUGACUCACGAGGAAGUCCUGGCGAUUUUCAACAAGGCAUUGGAGAAGCGCGACGCUUGGCCCAAGGACGACCGCGCGAAACCCUGGACUCCACCCAAGUAUGACCCAGUCGGUGAGAUACCGGGUAUGGAGAGGCCAUCUGGUCAACGCCGCAGCAAGGGCACCCUCACCUACACCUCUCAAGGGGCAUCGCGCGACAUAUCGAGUUAUCUUCCCCGGCCUCCCGUUCCGACUCGCCGUGCCAACGAACUUCACGAGGGACAGCAAACGGAGACGGAGACGGAUUCAUCCGAUACCGAUGCGCAGGAUGCAGCGAAGGCAGCCAGGCGGAAGGGUCGGGCGAGAGUUGCCCGCGGUCAAUCGACUGGAGGACGAACCGCCACUACGCGUACCUCGACUACAGAGUCUAACGCUGUUGGCACCCACGAGAUCCCCCCAUCAAGUGACGGCGGUUCAUCUCAAUCACACCCGUCCGGCUACCUUCUUCGUUCGGUGAAGACCAAGAAGGCGGACGAGGUUCAACAGUCAACCAGCAGCACCUCUCCCAAGAUGGGACCUCCCCCUGCUCCGAGGACCCGCUCUCGAGUCCGAGGGUCGCAGAGCCAAUCGUCCAAACGGCCUGCUAGUAGACAGGGCGGCGCCUCGAAACGAGGGAGCAGCGCGACGAAGCGGACUCGCACUCGUGAAGAAGAGGACGAAGACGACGUCGGAGAUGACGCUGGGUCGUCUCACUCAUCGAAACGUCCGCGGACUCUGAGCAACCCUCGAAACACUAGGUCAUCGCGCAAGCCACGGGGCAAGCGUACAUGA